GAUGUUUAUAAUUGUUUUGAUUGUUCUUGCGUUUACAUAAGCUAAAUAAAUAACUCAAACUUUUACCAUAAAGUAGCUAUAGAAAUAAUAAUAUAUUCCAAUUAAUAGAUUUGGCAGCAAAGGAAUAGUUAAUUAUAAAAUAUAGUAAUUAAUUAUAUUAUUCUAGAUCUCGAAUCAUAAAACCUCCAAAAGAUUAUGAAAAUAGAUAAUUAGAUAUAGCUUUUGAUUUUUUUCAGUAAGAUAGUUGGUAAUUAGCAUUGAAAAGAGAUGAAUGUAGUAGAUAAUAGGAAGCGAACAAAGUCGUGCAUCAAUCUAUAUAAGCAAGUUAAGAUUAAAAAAUCUCAAUAAAUGAAGGAUAAUUGAGUUUUGGUAAAUAUCACAAUGUUUGGAUUGCAGUCUUUAAUAAUUGCUAACAUAAUAUUGAUAAAGUUAUAAAACUCAAUAAUAAAAACACAAAAUUAGAAAUCACAAUUUGGUUUUAUGAAGAAGGAGGCCAAGAAUUUUCUUUGGAAGAGCAAGGAUUGUUAAAUGUAGUGGGAAUUUUAACAUUUGUUACUAUAAUAGGAUUUAUUUAUAAUUAUAGAAUUUUUAAAUCUGAAGUAAAAAAACAUGGUGAAUGGGAUUAUGCAUAUUUAUUUGUUCUUGUUGUAAUUGGUUUAGAAGCAAUUUAAAAUUUAAUCAAUUUUAUCCACUUAAUAGUUUAUAAUUUUAAUGGUAAAGGAAUUGGUGCAUUUUCUACUAUUUCAGAGAUAAUUUAAAUUGUUGAUAAUUAUCUUCUAAUGGUUUUAUUAAUUCUUUUGGCGUGGGGUUGGUCUAUAGAGUUUAUGAAUAUGGAAGAUUGGGAUAUUUAUGGAUCAUUAGCAUUUUUGAUUGCUUUUGCCUAGGCAUUAAUUGUUGGAUUGGGAAGGUUAGUGAGCAAUCAAACAGAUUAUCAUAUUUAUGAAGGAUGGGUAGGGUAUAUAAUUAGUGUAAUAUAUAUUACUCUUGCUAUCUAUUUUUAUUAUUCAGUCACUUAAAGAAAAAAAAAAGGAGAUUCUAUUGAUAACUUUUAUUUCUAAUUGAAAAUUUAUGGGAUGUUAUUUUUUCUUGCUUUUCCUACUUUUUUAUUUAUUUCUAAAUUAGUAGAUCCUUACAAAUCUUAUAAAAUAAUUAUUAUGGGUAAUAUGUUAAUACGUAUGCUAAACAUGGUUUUAAUGGCAAGAUUGUUUACUGGUAAAUCUUCUGACUAUUAAAAAAUCUGUAUUAAAGGCAAAUCAUUUUUAGAUAGAGGAAAAUUUUUAUGA